GCCAGCAGAGGGGGUUGGACUCUGCGCCUAAACAACUCCAGUCUGUGCGCAGCAAUGACUGCAUGUCUGGAGCCUCUACAGCGAGGAACGGUUAAAGGCUGAACGAGCCUAUUUCAGGAAGACGCGAAGCUUUGGACGGAGCUCAGAUUUCCUCAGAGACUGGAACAAAAGAAAAGGAGCGUUUCUUUCUGGAGCUUUAAGAAGGAGAGCCGUGCUGCCUCACAGCCAUGAGCUCACAGACGAGUUUCGGGAACUUUUUGUUCCAGGCCAUAGACAAUGACCUGAAUGCCUCACUUGCAGUAGCAGAUGAGCUAUCCAAAGAAUUUAACUCCAUGCUGCAGGAGGCCUCCUCCAACGACAAAAACGCAUCGUCUGAAUCUAAGACCAAGUCCAUACACUCCAGAGGCAAACCUCAGUCAUACGAGCCGUCCAGCACACCCUCCCCCACAUAUUCAUCUAUUAGCAGCAAUGGCUCCUCCAGCUCCAAACCCUUCUCUCCAGGCUCUUCUCAUUAUACAAGUGAUCUCAGCAUCUCCAGCAACAGGAAUGCUCCAUCACCCCCUGUCAUCUCCAACAGCCCCCACUCGUCUCCAAAGAUGCACAGGUCGGUAAAACCCACGCAUCAGCGAUCUGGAUCAGAUGACUACAUGCUUAUGACGCACAGCCCCCAACAGUCACCCCACUUGCCCCGGUCCAGAUCCCCUUCUGCAUUUGAUAGUAGACCACAUGGCUAUAACAUUGACAUGGAAAGAGCCCAAUCGCAUAGCCGAACACCCGGGUCUCUGGACCAGUCCUCUCACUUAGCCUCACAUCAGAUGCCCCAAAACCUGCUGAGUCCGUUUGACAACAACCAGAUAAGCCGCAGGUCCCCUCAGCCAGAUAGAGGAUCAGCUCAAGGGUUUUUGAGAUCUCCCUCUCCUCUGUCUUUAAACUCGCAAGGAUCCAGCACCUUACCUCGAAAUUUUACCCUAUUCAAUAAAACUGAAGAGUCUCAAAUGAGGCAGAAAAGUCCAGGAAAGUGGAACGAAACAGAUCUGGAUGUGUCAUAUGACAGGAAACCUCACAACACCUAUGACAAGACAGAUUGGCUCCGACCGUCUGUUCCAAACAGUAGCUGGCGGGAAUCCAACCUUGAUGGCCCUCCUUCUGCCUCCAGCCCUAAAAAGGAUCAUCGCUCUGUUGCCCAGCAGGGUUCCUACAGUUCUUUGCCUCGCACUGCUCGCAUAUCAGUUCCACCUGAAGCUCCGUCCUCAGGAAACUCCCCUUACAGCUUACAGCCCAUCAUUUCCCGUGUCAAUAUGCCCCCACAACACAUCCAGCAUCGCCAAAAAAGGCGUAUACCAAUCUCUGUCAUCUUACGUCUCCAAAAUCCUGAGUAUGGGCAAAUGUCAGCUCUCCAAAAUCAAAGCCGGGAAGGACAAGGAGACAUAGCACCUUACCGCCCACCUGAUCCAGCUCAUAGGAAAAUGUUCCAUCCAAACUUUCCAUCUAACCAUUACCAUUCACAGCAUUAUCCACCUGAACUGAAACAGCCAGCUGUUUAUAAUGAUGCAUUACACCCCGGGGAUAUAGACGCCGAAAUAGAGCGCCUGGACUACAUGCAUCAGAACCCUGCAAAUUUGGAGAAUUCAUCCAUGCCAGGGGGUGGAAAUGAGAUCGAACAGCCUGCUCCUCGGCCCCUGAGCCCCACAAGGCUUCAGCCGGUGGUGGCCCCUGAGGUCCAGAACCCUGAGUUCCCAGAUCGGGAGGAACUGCUCCUCAUCAGGUCUGAAAUUCCCCGGCCACUGAAGAGACGAGGAUCUGUGGACGUUUCUAAGGGCCUGAAGAAGGCCUCACAUUACCAGCCGAACCAGUACAAAACCAUCAUCCAUAAGAUACUUCACAAAAAACAACACCGCCAUAAGUCGGGAAAGGGUAGCGACAGCUCCUCUGAUGGGGAGGAACCCGCCCUGCCUCCUGUCGCUCCACCCUCAAGUGGUUUCAAGUUGCUUGAACCUCGUGCUGAAGAUGAAAAAUACAAUUCCAUUCUGCGGAAACCUGGUCGGAAAAAAUCAGGAAGACGAGCUCGGCUCCACCCGCUGGUCCUGCUGCUGGAUGCAGCGCUGAUGGGGGAACUGGACACAGUGAUUCGAGCCGUGAAAGAGAUUGGAGACCCCAGCCAGUCCAACGACGAAGGCAUCACCGGCCUGCAUAACGCCAUCUGCGGGGGACAUCACGAGGUGGCAGACUUCUUGGUUCGCACUGGCGUAAAUGUCAGCGCACCAGACAGCCAUGGCUGGACUCCGCUACACUGCGCAGCCUCUUGUAACGACCGUGAUAUGUGCGAGUUUUUAGUGAGAAAUGGAGCUGCUGUCAUGGCCUUCACCCACAGAGACGGUGCAACCGCCUCCCAGAAGUGCGAUCCCUUCCUUUUUGGAUAUGAUGAGUGUGAGAGUUAUCUAAAAGCCAAGGAGGAGUCCAUGGGGGUGGACAACAAUGGGGUCCUGUAUGCUCUGUUCAGCUACCAGGCUCAAGCACCUGAUGAGCUGAGCUUUAAGGAGGGAGACAUGGUCACCAUCCUGAAGAAGACAGAGGGGUCCGACUGGUGGUGGGCUUCCCUCUGUGGCAGGGAGGGCUUGGUUCCAAACAACUUCUUUGGGCUUUUCCCAAAGGUUCGCCCCAAAUCUAUCUGUUAAGAGAUCCUCUGAACAUCCAGGGUGGUUCCUCCAGGAGUCCUUUCACCUUUACAAUAAUAUUUAUCUUCAAUGUUAGACAUUGCAUUAGAACUUCAUCUGACGUGCUUUAGAAAGCUCAUGGUAAAAAUCCAAUGAGGACAAAUUGUUACUCAUGAAACUUGCAUGAGGAAAUAUUUCUGGUGAAGCUUCAUCCCUGUUCUUAAUGUGACCACUUUGUCAAACUUUCCUAAGGAUUCAAAUCUGUCACCCUCCCUGUUGUUGACU